AAAAAUAAACGGAAAUGUGAUCAGAGUUAAACUGAUGGACAAGUGUUAUAACAUCGAUAAGAUUUGCAAUGAAGAUUAUGGUAACAACACAACAAACAACCAAAAAGAUAUACCUUGUGAUGAACAUCACAAGAAAAAGUUUGGUGGCGGUAAAGGUGGAAAAGGAGGGACCGGAGGUUCGAACGUUCCCAGUGGACAUGAUGGUGAAGAUGGCGAACCGGGUCCUGGGGGAAAAGGUGGUGCAGGUGGUAGACCGGCUAUAACUAAUCCAAACCUGGGUAAAAGAGCCUUUGAAUCGAAUAGUGAAAAUAUGAAAAACAAAUAUGAAUGUACCGGUGGUGGAAAAGGCGGUAAAGGUGGAACCGGGGGUCGGAACGUUCCAAGUGGACAUGACGGUGAGGACGGCGAACCUGGUCCUGGUGGCAAAGGUGGUGCGGGUGGCACACCAGCAGUAUCAAAAAACGACUAUACAUGGAAUGGUAACUGGAACAACGAUCCAUGGUAUACAAGAUGGUUUGGUCUUGGAAGGCCUAAUAAGAAAAACGCGCAAGAAUAUCAUUAUUCAGGUGGCGGAAAAGGUGGAAAAGGCGGAAUCGGGGGUCCGAAUGUUCCAAGUGGACAUGACGGCGAGGACGGAGAGGCCGGUCCUGGUGGUAAAGGUGGUGCGGGUGGCAGACCAGCAGUGUGACAUACAACUUCAAAACUUUGACUCCUUCGAUGUUAUGAUGUUUUUUCGUUCUCAUAUAUUAGUUUUUAAGAUAAAAGUAUAAACAUCUCAAAUAAAAGCAAAUGUUUAGCAAAAUAAUAUUUAUUGCCGGAAUAAGGUUGUUUUCCAAUGACUUAAUUUUAUUGUUUUGUUUCUAUAUCUCAAUUUAAAUGUAAAACAAUUACAUAAAUAAUCGAAGAUUUUAACUCUCUCACAUCAAACAAGAACACAGUAAAACAUUGAUUAAUAAAAUUGUGUUUUUACUCAUUGAAACGAAAUUCACAAGAUGUGUAUGAUAUCUUAUAGUGUGUACAGAGUAUAUUGAUAUUUGGUAAAUGCAAAUAUAUUCUGUAAUAUUU